AUGGCGACGUUGACCCCUGACGCAUCUCCAGACGGAAACCUCGGCUCCACGCCUGGGGCGAAGAUGCGAUGGCAGUCUGAUCAAUGGGUUCGAGGGCAGCAGCGGUCUGCAUCAGGCAAAAGUGAUGCUAUUCGGAAGCGGUGGAGAUGGCAGAAUGUUGCCAAGGCGCAUUCGUCGACUAGCUUCGAUGCCUCGUUGGCGCCAGGCUGUCGUCACUCAGACGAAAUCGCCGUCGAGACCAUCUGCAUCUGCCGCACGCUGCAUCUGCGCAAUAGGUCGUACUCGCGAAAUCGCCGUCCCAGCCAGCUUCCGCCAUCAGCCAUCACCACAGGGUCUUGGUGUUGCGGCUCUGCCUGCCGCGGUCCAGCCUUUUCUCUCUUAGCGUGGCCCGUGGACGCUUUGGGCACCACAACCACAGCACCACGCAAUCGCAACCCACCACACGCGACGAACGGCCUACCACCGCGGCGAUCAUCACCCCCGUAUUCCUCCCGUCUUGUGAGAGCCGAUAUUGUCAUCUCUGCGCGACCUGCGCCAUAG